UUCUCCCCCACCCCCUCCCCUGCUUCUCUGAAUGUCUUCCAGGGUUCCCAGUAUGAACUGAAGGACAAUCCUGGAGUUCACCCUGCUACCUUUGCUGCUCACACCACUCCUGGUUAUUAUCCUUAUGGGCAAUUCCAGUAUGGGGACCCAGGAAGGCCUAAGAAUGCCACCCGAGAGAGCACCAGCACCUUAAAAGCCUGGCUGAAUGAGCACCGCAAGAACCCCUACCCAACCAAGGGUGAGAAGAUCAUGCUGGCCAUCAUCACCAAGAUGACCCUCACGCAGGUCUCCACCUGGUUCGCCAACGCCAGGAGGAGGCUGAAGAAGGAGAACAAGGUCACGUGGGGAUCCCGGAGCAAAGACCAAGAUGACGGCAAUCUCUUCGGAAGCGACAAUGAGGGGGACCCUGAGAAGAACGAAGACGAUGAAGAGAUUGACCUGGAGAGUAUUGACAUUGACAAAAUUGAUGAGAACGACGGCGAGCAGAGUAACGAGGAAGAGGAAGAGAAAGUUGAGCUCUUGAGGCAAAGGAGAGAAGACGUCCAUUUGGAGAAAAAUAAGAUCUUGCCAAUACCGGGCUCUGAAGGACUUAAACCCAAGGAACCCUUGCCGUUGGGCAAGGAGGCCUCAGACAACCCUACUAGGAUCUUGAGUCCCAGCAGACAAAACCCCCUGCAAGGCCCAAUGCACAACAAGCCCAAGAUCUGGUCUUUGGCAGAGACUGCAACCAGUCCAGAUGGGGCCCUCAGCAAGCCAGCUCCUCCUUCACCUCCUGCCCAGGUGAACCACACUUCCCCCCAGCUCCAGCAUCCGGCUUUCCUCCCCAGCCAUGGACUUUACACCUGCCAGAUCGGCAAGUUUCACAACUGGACAAAUGGGGCGUUUCUCACCCAAAGCUCCUUGUUGAAUGUGAGGUCCUUUUUGGGAGUUAGCCACCACCAAGCUGCCCAUCACAACCAUCACCUUCAAGCCCAACAGCAGCCUUCAGUGUUAACGGCACUCAGCACUGACAAGCCUUCUGAGAGGACCAGCCCCAAACACAUAGAAAGAGAAAAUGUAGCAAGAACCGACUCUCCGCCUCAGCAGUUAAAAUCUCCCUUUCAGCCUGUCCGGGACAA